CACUCCCCUCAUGGAAUCGUCCAACUCCCUACGCCACCUCCAUCCCGGCCACCUUCGGACCAGCCGCCCUUGGUCCCACCCGUCAUACACCUCCACCCCUCGGCUCCAAACCCCCCCGCCGACGACCGCCGCCGGUGGCACAACCCAACACGCGCAGCCGCGGGGCGCAGCCCACCUCAUCAGCGCGCUACGUUACUACUGGCCUACUGCUGCUGCAAUUUUUUCCCUCUUCCUCCACUCCAUUAAUACUUGCCAGUUGCCACUCCCUCCGCCCCGUUCCCCUCUCGUCGCUUCCGGAGCUAUAAAUCUCGGUGCCUCUCCUCGCAAACCCCGCAUUACUGUGCGCGAGGUCCGGCGAUCGCCGCCGGGGGAGGAGGAGGAGGCAGGCCAUGGGGCAGUGCUACGCGAGGAACGUCCACGCCGACGCGGACGGCGGCAGCGGCGGCGUGGGGGCGACGACCAUCACGGUCUCGGCCGCGGGCGGGGCGGAGGAUGUGGCGGUGGGGGCAGGAAGAGGAGGGAGAGGGGGAGGGAGGCGGAGCGGGCGGCCGUCUCCGGCGGGGACGCCGCGCGGGGGGAGGGCGGGGGCGACUCCGGCGAGGUCGUCGGCGGCCGGGAGCCCCUGGGCGGGGAGUCCGCUCCCCGAGGGCAUCGCGCCGUCGCCGGCGACGACGGCGUCCACGCCGCGGCGGUUCUUCCGGCGCCCGUUCCCGCCACCGUCCCCGGCCAAGCACAUCAAGGCGUCGCUCGCGCGCCGGCUGGGGCAGCGGUCGCCGGCCUCAUCGACGCAGGCGCCGAAGCCGCCGGUCGAGGUCCCGAUACCGGAGCACGGGGCCGGCGGCGGCGGGGAGGUGGAGCGGGAGCUCGACAAGAGCUUCGGCUACGACCGCCACUUCGCCGCCAAGUACGAGCUGGGGAAGGAGGUGGGGCGCGGACACUUCGGCCACACCUGCCUCGCGCGCGCCCGCAAGGGCGACUUGAGAGGGCAGGUCCUCGCUGUCAAGGUCAUCUCCAAAGCCAAGAUGACAACAGCAAUUUCUAUUGAGGAUGUGCGCAGAGAAGUGAAAAUUUUGAAGGCUUUGUCUGGACAUUCCAAUCUUGUCAAAUUUUAUGAUGCUUGUGAGGAUGGCCUUAAUGUCUACAUAAUCAUGGAGCUUUGUGAAGGUGGAGAGUUAUUGGACAGAAUCUUGUCCAGGGGUGGAAGAUACGCUGAGGGAGAUGCAAAAAUUAUCGUUGAACAGAUACUAAAUGUAGUUGCCUUUUGCCAUCUUCAGGGUGUUGUUCACCGUGAUCUGAAGCCAGAGAAUUUCCUAUUCAGCACUAAGGACGAACAUUCUCCUAUGAAGUUAAUUGAUUUUGGCCUCUCAGAUUUUAUAAGACCAGAUGAAAGGCUUAAUGACAUUGUUGGUAGUGCAUACUAUGUUGCUCCGGAAGUCUUGCAUAGGUCAUAUAGCACAGAAGCAGACAUGUGGAGUAUUGGUGUUAUCACUUAUAUAUUGUUGUGUGGUAGCAGACCAUUCUGGGCACGAACUGAAUCAGGGAUUUUCCGCUCAGUGAUGAGAGCUGAUCCAAAUUUUGAUGACUCACCAUGGCAAUCAGCAUCUCCUGAAGCUAAAGAUUUUGUCAAAAGACUUCUUAACAAGGAUUACAGAAAAAGAAUGACUGCUGCCCAGGCACUCUCUCAUCCCUGGUUGAGAGAUGAGCACCGACAGAUACCUCUGGAUAUGCUAGUAUUCAAGUUGGUUAAGGCAUACCUUCAUUCAACGCCUCUCAAACGGGCAGCAUUGAAGGCUUUGUCAAGAGCAAUAACAGAAGAUGAACUUAUCUACAUCAGAGCACAAUACAACUUGUUAGAACCAAUCAAUAGAGAUGGUCGAAUAUGUAUCGAUAACUUCCGGAUCGCUCUUCUACAAAACUCUACUGAUGCUAUGAAGGAAUCCAGAACCCUUGAAAUCUUAAAUGCACUGGAGCCACUCGCAUAUAGGAGAAUGGACUUUGAGGAAUUCCGUGCAGCUACAAUCAGCCCUUACCAGCUUGAGGCUUCGGCACGGUGGGAAGAAAUCGCCAGCACUGCAUUCGAGUACUUUGAGCAGGAAGGCAACCGUGCUAUCACAAUUGAGGAGCUAGCUCAGGAGAUGAAUCUUUCCUCGGCAGCGUAUUCUGUUGUUCGCGACUGGAUUAGACCGUCAGAUGGCAGGCUUAGCUCCCUAGGCUAUACCAAGUUUUUGCACGGAUUGACGAUGCGAAGCAGCAAUGCGAGGCGGCACCAUUGAUUCUUUUGUUGCCUUCGUUGCUUGAAUUGGUUCCAUUGGUUUUGUUCAUGGGAGUUCGAGGGAUGUUACUGUUUUGUCCCUCUUCUUUUGGUGGUUUAGCUUCUUAUAGAGAAUGCUUGUAGAGGGAAAGAAAAAAGAAACGAAAAGUGAUAGCUCCAAAUGGAGUUCUAGAAAAAAGGUCAUGUUUUGCAUUUUUUUUUUUUUUUUUACAUCUUGGUUCUGAUACAUUAUUGUCUUUGGCUAUGAAUGGGCAUUGUACAGCUGGCCCAUGCUACAUGAUUCAA